UUGGUUGCGGAGGGUGUUCGAUUGAAAGAAGCAUUACACACUUGUGAACAGAUAGAAAAUUUGGCGGAAAUUGGAAAAAGUGUGGAUAUUGAUGCAGUUCAGAAGCGGAUUAUUGAAAAUGAAGAAGUUUUGUCGAAAAUGUCGAAAGAGCGAAAUGGAAAAUUAGCGAAAAUUGAGAUGCUAGGCGAGCAAAUUCGAGUGAAAACGAGGAAUUUGGAGGCGUUGAGAAAAGAGGCGGAGAUGUUGAAAGAGAAAUGUGAUGCGAUUUUGAAUGGUCCACAAGAAGAAUGUCGAAAAUGUGUGGAAGAGUUGUUGAAAUUCUCGGCGGCUGAUUUAAAAACGUUGACAAAAAUACAGAAACCAUCACUGGGAAUUCGAUUGUGUUGUGAGAUGUUGAGGACGAUUUUUGAAGCUGAAUUUGUACCGAGUGAGAUUUUAGAAAAAAUAUUUUAUUUUAACAAGUUCCUCAAAAUUUUGUGCCAAAACAGUUUCAAGUUGAGCAUUUUUGUUCAUCUCAAAUUUUAAUGAAUAUUUUGAAACAGUACAUUUUUUAUGAAUUUCUUUUUCAAAAAUUUAAAAGUUUCUAUAAAGUCCUCAAAUUCCCCUUUUUCUAGAAAAAAACGCAGCCGAAAAUUGGCUUGAUUCUCAAAAAUUCUUGCUCGACAAAACAUUUUUGAUCAAAUUGGCGACUUUGGAUGCCGAAAAAUUGACUGUAAAUCAAAUGAAAAUGCUCAAAAAAUAUGUGGAUCGAGUGGAAUUUAAUGCGAAUCGAAUUGAACAUGAAUCACUUGUUUGUGCGAGUUUGUGUCGAUGGAUUGGAGCAUUUUUGGAGCUCGCUUGGUGAGUGAAGAAAUAUUUGUAAAUUGAAAUAAAAAGUGAUGGAUUUACACAAGGGACUUUAUUUUAACAUAUUUCCAAUUUUAUAUGAACAUUUCUUGAUUAAAUAUUUUUUGUGUCGAUUUCAAAAAUCGAGGGUGAUUCUAUCUUUUCUAAAACAUUUCUAAAAAUCCACGUGGCAUAAUUUUUUCUAAUAAUAGUCUUUUUCGAGUAAACAAAAACUGACUCGUGAAUUAAAAAAUCACACUUACUCCGUUUCAUAUGACACUUCUGAAACAGUGGAUUUUUGUUAAAAUAUUUUCGAUCAAAAUACUAAUUUUCUUUCAUUACAAAAAAAUCUAAAAUCAAAAAAUUGGAUUUUCUCAAUCCUUUUUUCCACUUCAUAACUUAUUUUUCUGCAAAAAUCCUAUAUUUCCAGCACUCUCCGUUUAAUGGAAGAACAAAACGAUGAAGCCAAAGAUUUGCGAGCUCAAAUCUCAGAAAUCGAAAAAUCGCUCAAUUCCGAAACCACCGAAAAAUCACAACUCACAAAAGACGUCGAUUUAUUGAGCUCGAAAAUUCGAGAAAAUGAGCAAAUUUUGACAAAUGAUCGAAGACUUUGUGAUUAUCGAUUGAGAAGCGGAGAUUUAUUGAUGGUUUUGGAACCAUUUAAAAUAAAAUGGAGAAAUUGUCAGAAAAUGAAUGAGAAAUUGCAAAAUGAAAUGAUUGGAAAUACUGUGCUUUUUUCGAUUUAUCGAACAAUGCUUUUGUCUUAUGAUCGAUCUAUUUCACAGGUAUUUCGAUAAUUUUGAUAUAUUUUUAGAAAUAGAAAAAAUGCGCUAACAUUUUAUAUCCACGUAGAUUUUCAUUUUUGAUUGAAUUUUGAAGCUGAACGUUAUGACGUGGCAAUAAUUAAUUCACAAAACAUCGAAAUCUUUGUGUUUCGAAUGGUGAGAAAUGCUCAAUUUUCCAGGUCGCUAUCGGUCUUUGUACCGCGCAUCUCACAAAAUCCGAAAUACCGUAUGAUUCAUCUACAGUAACCCCAUCGAAUAUAAUUCAAAAAAUUUGCAAAAAUCUUCGAAAUUCUCGCCGAUUCUGCCUUUUUCUCAACGAUCAAAACGACGUGAUUUUGAAUUUUCUCCGACAAUUUUUGACAUCACCAAAUUGUAUUGAUUUGGGAAAUAUUGAGGGAAAAUGGACGGAUUUGGUGAUAACACAGAAUUUGCCGAAAUAUGUAUAUUCAGUGGUUCCGACGGUAUGCGUUUUUGGGAGGGAGAAGGAUUUUUCAUUUUGUAAAUCUGGAAAAUUUUCUAGUUUUACGAAAAUUCCCCCUAACAACAUUUCUCAUUUUUCAGAUUUUCUACAAUUUCGAAACUCUUCCACCGGCCGAAAUGUUUGAAGUUUUGAUGAAAUCCGAAGAGAAGGAAAUUUGUUAUCGAGGAAAACCGUUGGAACUUCCCGAAGAUAUUCUAUUCGUUUUUAUCGCCAAACAUUUGGAUCUCGAAAAAUAUUCCGAAUCAAUUGAGAAAAUUGGUGAGUUUUCAUUUUUAGUUUUGAAGAGAGAAGAAAAAUGCCCAAUAAUUUUGUAGCUCGAAAUCAUACUGGUUCCAUCGAGUUUGGACAAUUUGGAUGGACAAAUAUCGCGCGUCGAAUCGCAAAAAUCAGAAAAUUUGUUGUCAAUUCUUGGCGAAUUUACAGCCGCUGA